GUAUGCACCAAAAGGGAAAAGAAUCAAGUGUUGCUCUCCUUACUGCAGGUGGAUUCACCUGAAUCUGCCAUAAUUUUUGUCAGCGAGCAAUCUGAGAAGUCAAAAAAGGCAGGAAAUGCACCACCAAUAACUCUUUUGGUAGAUUUUUUAAUGUCAUCUUCUGGAGGCUUUUCCAAUGUCUCUCUUCUAGAGGAAGAUAUGAAUUUCAAUAAACGAGCAGCAUCCUUAUCUGAACUUCGAGGAGGAGGAGGUUAUCUAUUGGUGGCAACAGAUAUAGCAGCUAGAGGAGUUGAUCUACCAGAGACAACACAUAUAUACAAUUUUGAUAUCCCAAAAGAUGCGGUAAAUUACCUUCAUCGAGCUGGCAGGACUGGUAGGAAACCAUUUUCAGAUAAAAAGUGUUUUGUUACCAGCAUUAUAACAGUGGAAGAGCGGUUUGUGUUACAAAGAUUCGAGAACGAAUUAAUGUUUUGUUGUGAACAGCUAUUCUUUUAACUGUAUUUUGAGUUCUUCUCCAUAAUCUUAGCCUCAAAAAUCACCUUUGACUCUGUUGCUUAUUUUAAAACGAAGGACAAGAUAAAUAAAAAGCUGAUACCACCAAUUAGAAAGUA